ACUCGUGGAGGGCGAGCCGGAGAUGGCUGUGAGGUCGGCGGCCGCUGUGGGUCCUCCAGGGCCGGAGAGGAACGAAGAGGCGGUGCUGCUUCUGGAAAGGGCUCAUUACCGGCACGACCCACGCUGGCUGCUGCCCGUGUCCCCACGCCUCUGCCUGGCCUGCGCACUGGAGCUGCUGCCGGAGCCCUGCGUGUCGUUGGUGCGCAAGAAGCACAUGUUGUCCUGCUUCCGAGAUGCCUUUGUAAGGCACACCUCCCUGGUCACACAGCUGGUGGCUCAAGACCAGAGAGUCUGCAUCCACUUCAUAAGCAUCCUUUUUGGACUAUUAAGAAGUGUAGAAGACGAGAGUGUAACAGAGCUCUGUAUUGAAGUCCUUGUCCAGCUUACAAUACAGCUGAAGCUGGAGCAGACUGUCCGUUGCUUGCUGGAUGAAUGCCACAAAGAGCUGUGUAACAUGCCCUCCAUGCGAAGCAGCUUGGCCACCCUGACCCUUCUUGGCAAGUUGGUGGAUGCCAUCCCUGCUCUGGCAGACGAGCUGGUAAAGGAGCACGGCAACAUGAUGGAGCAUCUGUUGAGAGGCUUGGUGUACCCCAAUGAGGGGGUGCAAGCUUCUGUCUGUUACCUCUAUGGGAAGCUGUACUCCUCACCAGUGGCAGCUGAGAUGCUUUCAGGUCAUUUCCGGGAGAAGCUAUGUUCCCUUUUCCUUUCCACCUUGGAUGGUGCCCAGACAAAGGAGCUACAGAUCAACUGUUUGGGUUUGCUGAGGCAGCUGCUGAAGUAUGAUCUAUUUGUGUCUGUGAUCAUGAACAAGUCGGCACUGGCAGAAAGUGCUGAGAGUGUUGAGGGUCCAGCAGGAGGGACUUCACUGCCUUUGGUGCUCAAAAAGCUUCUCCUCUCUAGAGAUGAAACUCUGCAGGUAGCCAGUGCUCACUGUGUAACUGCGGUGCUGGUCCACUCCCCAGCCAAGCAUGCUCCGGCUUUUAUUCAUGCUGACAUCCCAGAGUUCCUCUUUGAGCACCUUUCCUCUUCCAGUGAAGUGCUCAUCUGGUCUAGCUGCAACUGCUUGAUACUCCUGGCAGAGGAGCCACUCUUCUUCUCCAAGUGCCACACAGUGUAUGGAAUCGAGGCAGUGGUGAGGAGCUUACAGGAAAGCCUGAAGACGAAUAACACAGAACUGCAUAAACAGGUCCUGCUGCUCUUUGCUGAGAUCCUGACCAGGCAACCAGAAGAGAUCAAGUUGUUCACAAGCUCGGCCAUGUGUGGAGAUGCUGGGCAUGCCCUCCAAGAGGCAGUGAGCAGCCCUGUGCUGGAAGUGGCUUCUGAGGCAGUGAAGGCCACUUCUGCUUUUCUGAGGAAGGACCAUCAGAGUGCCCCACCUGUGCAAUACAAGGAAUUGCGGGCCUUGCUUGAAGCCAUGCUGAGACGGUGUGCGGAAUUUUCCCAGAUGCCACUAAAUAGGAGGCCUGUGGGCCAUCCCUCCAGCAGAGCUUCAGAGAAGGCUGUUCUUCGAAGGGGAAACUUCCUCCUGAGCACUCUGGAAGGAUUUAGAAAUGCCUGCAGGUUGGCUGUGGAAUUCCAGAAUGAGCCUGCAGCCCAGGAGAACCCAUUCACGGCUCCCAGUGCUGAGAAAGAAGAGACCUUGGAGGCUUUCUCAGAAUUUCUUCUCAGUGCCUGUGACUCUCUGUGUAUCCCCAUGGUGAUGAGGCACUCAGAGCAGGCCACCCAUCCAGCCCUGAUGGAAAUUUUCCUCUCGAUUUUACAUAGUCUCUUUGUCAUCGUUCCCCACAUGAAGGACAAGUUCUCCAAGAAGCUCGCUGCCUCGUCCUUCAUACGACUGACCCUGGAGCUGAAGGCCAGGUUCUGCAGUGGCCUGAGUCAUGCAGCCCUAAACCAGGAGUGCUCCAGUUUCCUCUACCACAUGUGUCUUAACCUCCUCUCAGCUCCAGAGAAGACAAGGCCACUUUCUCAAGAAGAGUUUGCUGCAGUGUCUGAGCUCCUGCAGUAUGGGCUGCCCCAGAUAAACAGCAGGAUCCCUGAAAGCCUUGCCUUCCUGUCAGAUUGCCAGGAUGUGGAAGGAGCUGCUCGCCAGAGACAGUAUUGCAUCCUGUUCCUCUUUUACCUGGCCUACAUCCAUGAAGACAGGUUUGUCUCAGAGGCAGAAUUGUUUGUGGCUGUGCAAAGCUUCCUCCUGUCCCUGCAGGACCAGGGCGAGCACCCCCCACCGGUGGUCUUCAGAGCCUCCAUCUACCUGCUUGCAAUUUGUCAGGGCAAAGACAGAGAACCGGACGAGGCUGUGAUCAGUGCAAUCAGAAAAUUCCUAGAGGGCGUCCCAGACCUGCACCUAGUCUACACCCACCACUACCUCCUGCUCAGGUUCUUCCUGAUGUAUCCAGAACUGAUGAGCAGGUUUGGGCACCGUGUCCUAGAACUUUGGUUCUCUUGGGAAGAGAGAAGCCAUGAGGAGCUGGAUGAUGGCCUCUCUGCUGGGCAGUUGACCCUUCCUACCAACUUAACUGUGCUGUUCCAGAUGCUCAGAAGCAGCCUAAGCAUCCUGCUUAUUUUGCUAGACCUCAUCUAUUCCAGCACAGUGGACAUAGCCCGCAAGGUACUAAUUGUCCUGCGGAUCUUCCUGAGGAGGAAUGAGGAUGUCCAAGUAGGUGGUCUCAUCCAGGGCCACUUCCUGCUGAUGCUGCAGCGUCUGCUGGUGGAACAUGAGGCCUCCCCCUCAGGAGCCUCGGGGAACCUGCCAUUGCUGCUGAGCCUGCUUUCACUGCUGCAGCCGAGGGACGGGCCCGAGCAAGAACUGGACGGUGUAGCUGUGAAGCUCCUUCACCAAGUGAGCAAGCUGUGUGGCAAGUGCAGCCCCACGGAUGUGGACAUUCUGCAGCCCUCCUUCAACUUCCUGUAUUGGAGCCUCCAUCAGACUACACCCAGCAGUCAAAAAAGAGCCGCUGCAGUGCUCCUGAGCAACACAGCCUUGAUAGAGCUUCUGGAGAAAAUGCUGGCGCUCACCUGGGCAGAGGUGGGCUUUCCCAAUGCCACACUGCUCUGCUCUGCCUGGCUGCUCACUGCUUCCCUCUCUGCCCACCAGCACAAUGGAAGUUUGCAGGUUCACCAUACAUUGUCCGUGGAACUGGAGCAAGUACUGAAGGCCCUCAGCUUUCCAAAGAAAAGGGUUACACUGCUCUCUGCUGCCAUCUUACGCUUCCUGCGGACAACCCUGCAACAGAGCUUCUCCUCUUCCCUGGUGGUCCUGGUGCCCUCAGGGACCCAGCCACCUCCAGCCCCCGAGGACACUGCCCUGGCUCCACUGGGAACAUCACAAGUGCUGUCCUUGGUCAUUGGGCUACAGAACCUUUUGGUGCAGAAGGAUCCUCUGUUGUCUCAGGCCUGUGUUGGCUGCCUGGAAGCCUUGCUUGACUACCUACAUGCCCGGAGCCCGGAUGUUGCGCUCCAUGUGGCCUCACAGCCCUGGAAUCGGUUUUUGCUGUUUACUCUGCUGGAUGCGGGAGAGAAUUCCUUCCUUAGGCCCGAGAUCUUGAGGCUCAUGACCCUGUUUGUGCGAUACCAAGGCAGCAGCAUCCUCUCUCAAGAAGAAAUGGGUCAUGUUCUUCAAGGUGCGGCCUUGGCUGACCUGUCUGCUCUACCCAAGACCACACUCCAGGCUCUGCGUGGCUUCUUCCUGCAGGUCCAGAGGAGGGGCCUCCUGGCGGAUCACAACAUGGCCCAGAUGCUGCAGACUUCUUUAGAAAGCCUUGCCCCUGGUGCCUCCCUGGCCCAGCAGCCCCUGCAGGACAUGCUCUGCUUGGGAGGAGUGGCUAUCUCCCUGUCCCACAUCAGAGACUGACCUUCAGGGCUUGAAGGCCCAGAAAUGGAGAGGACCAAGACCUGAAAACAAAGUCAGGGCAUGAUUACUGGGGAAAUGGAUGACAAUUGCAGUUAUUCCUCCAUAGCCAUUUAUAGUUAUCCCAUGUUUUAUAUGCUUUGAUUUAUUGCUCCUCACAGAUAUUGUGGUUUUUGUUUUUGUUUUGUUCUACAAAUUAAAGG